AUGCCAGAACACUGUUCAGCAUAUUCCUGCUCCAAUCGACGGACCGUCGAAAACAGGGCUCGGGGGAUUACUUUUCACAAGUUUCCCAAAGACAAUGUUUUGAGGAAGAAGUGGGAAGUGUCUUUGAGGAGGGAAGGAUUCACUGCACGUGAUUCCUCCGUGCUCUGCUGUGAGCAUUUUAAGCAGAGCGAUUUUGAUAGGACAGGUCAGAUUGUCCGACUCAGACAUGUAGUUAUUCCAUCCAUCUUCAGCUUCCCGGUUCACCUCCAGAGACCGGAAAGGGAAAGGACUACGUCUACCUCCAGAAGAGCUGAAGAGAGCCUGUCCGUGGCCUCUCGGGAUGCCCCAGAACCUGCAGCCUCACACCCACAACCUCAGCCUAAUGAUGAUCAUGUCUAUGCCUUUCCUGCUUCUACUGCUCUGAAGACCAGACUUAAUGAAGCAAGAGUGGAAAGUCUGGAGCGAGAGAAGAAGAAUGCCAUGGCCAGAGAAAAGAGGGCAAAGACCACAGUGAAAAGUCUUUUUGGGGAUUUGAGAGAAAAGAACCUCAUUAAUGAAGAGCUCAACGAGAGGCUUGAAUUCUACUCAGAUCUUCAAGUAGACUUCAUGGCAAAACAGUUCUUUCAAGGGUUUUAG